CAAAGAAAAAUCUGCAGGAUACCAUGAACCACUACUACACCAUUGCAAGUGGAAAAGCAACAAAAGAAGACUUUGAUUUACCAAUACUUCAUCGCUGCCUCAGCCAUGUCAUGAAGAAUGCCAAAGACAUGUGCAAGAAGUACGCACCAAACCACUACCACCUCUCUAUGCAUGUGUUUGGGCUCUUCACAACAGCCAGUUCUUUGCGAGAAUUGGAUGACAUGGUGGAAAGUGCUGCUGUAGUGUUUUCCAGUCCAUACAGUGGGCCCAGUGUUGAAAAACAUUUCAAUAAUUUGCAGUGUUGGCUGCAAAAUAAAGGGUUCCAUCUGGAUGAGACGGCUGUGUACCACAAUCAAAAACGUGCUGAAGACACACAGUUUAUCAAGGGGAGCAACAACUUUGGCAGACAUUUCAAGGAAGUAAUUUCACAAGCUCCACUUGAUAUGGAGAAUGGGGAACCCAACCUGUAUUUCUGCAAAGGUCUCGUGUCCCACAUUUCGAAGUUCCUUCUCCCAUAUGCUGCAUUGUGGACUGGCAUAAUGCUAGGUGACCUUGGACGACACGGAACAGGACAUGUAUACAAGGAGUAUACAAAGAGAUACAGAGUCCUGAAACAAAUAAAAAAACAAAACAUAACAGAAGACAAUAAAACUCAAGGAAUAAUGGAAAAGAGCCAGUGGGACCUAAAACAUAUCCGUUUUAGGGGAUGCAGGCUCACCAGAUUGGAUGACUUUGUUGUGAAGUACCAAGCAGCCCACACUGCUCUGCUGAAGGAGUAUGAGGACAGUAAACGGGUCCUUAAAAAAAAGACAUACAGAGUGCAACUUGAGAAAUGGAAAGAGCGUCAGCAGAAAAAGAGGGGGAGAUACACGUCUCCAAUACGCAAGCCAUUCACUUUUAAAAGUGCUAUCAGAAAGGAUGAUUCCCCAGUGUCUAAGACUUCCAUUGGAAAAGCCCAAAAGAAGAGGCAGAUGAAAGGCGAGAAAAAGCCAGAGAAGAGCCCAGAAGAACAGCUCAUCUUCUUGUGGAAAAAAAAAGAGACAGAGGUUGUGGUGUCUGUAAUUCAAUCCCAGAUCAAAGGGAACAAUUUCAUCAUCCACCACAGUGAGCUGCUUUCACUCCAACCUCAUCAGUGGAUUACAGGGGAGGUGAACUUCGACAAUUACCAGACAAUUGUCUCAUUUGUAAAUAUAGAAAACAGCCAUUGGAGGUUUCUGUACAUUAACACUGUCAACCAGACUGUAUAUCUGGUCGAUCCUGCCAAAAGCUUUACAGAGCAAGUGGAUUCAAACAAAGCAGCCAAAAAGUUCAGUGAGUACCUGAAAAUAAGAAGAACAUGCUACGGAAAAACAGAAUGGGUGGACAUGAAGUGGAAGGGAGGAGUUCUGACCCAUCCAGUUCAGCAAGAUGGUAGUAGCUGUGGUGUUAUUGUCAUCAAGAUGGCAAGGGCAGUGAUGGAGGCCUUUCCAGCUGUUCCAGAAAUUUACUUCGACACAUCCAAAACCGAAAUGGCCAAAGAGAGAAAGACAAUGGCUCUACAAAUCUUACAGGAAUCAGGGUUUGAUUCAGAAAAUAACUGUUCCAUGUGUUCCAUGGCAAAACCCCCUGGAUCUGGGCCACCAAUGACAAACUGGAUCCAGUGUGACACGUGUUUUCGUUGGUUCCAUGAGCUCUGCCUAAAUAUGGACACCGAGAAACUCAUUCAAGCCAGGGCAAGCAUUUGGAACUGCUGCUUAUGUGUAGUGUAAAAAACUCCAGUCCAAAUAUGGAUAUGUACAUAUGUAUGUAUGCAUUUAUUUUUUGUAUGUAUGUAUAUAUAAUUUGUAUGUAUACUUUCUGUAAAUAUUUGUAAGUAUUAUGUACAUAUGUUAUACAUUUGACAUUUAUUAUUGAUAAAAAAAUUAUA